AUGUUUCCCACCGUCAACACCCUCGGGACAACGUUCAGUUGUUUGUUAGUUAUAGUGUUUAUACAACCAACAGAUUCUGUUGUAGCAGGAAGAAACCAUGUAUGUAUCAGAUCAGAACAACGUAGCACUCGCUACCAUACAAAAUGCGGACGAUUCUGGAAGAGGUGUACACGGACCAGGUACUACUAUGUUGGUGUGCCCUACUGCUGUACCGGCUACCUGUCGAAAGAUAACAUUGCUUGUGAUUAUGCCAUUUGUGCGGGAAGAGUCGAUCCAGCCGCUUGUAGUGUGUAUCAUGCAGACUAUGUAGAGUACAGAAGUGGCUUCCGUCAACACAACAGUGGCGGAAGUUGUUUGUCACCAGAGGUCUGUGGAAACUGUAACGACGGAUUUUACGGCAACGGACCAAACUGUGAAAUUUGUCCAAAAAUAGCCAACUGUAAGCACCAGCGGUGUAUGGUGGCCAGUAACGUAAGGUGUAUGUACUGUGAUGGAGAGGUGAAGGACCUACCAGGAUGGAGAGCCUACUCAAGGCACACAGACAGCAUGGUGUCUUGUAAACAAACGUGUUCAUGGCGAUCUGACAGUCGUCAUUGCUUCCCGGGCACCUGUGAAGGAGAAAUUGUCGGGAAUUGUCAAUGUCAUGAAGGGUUCACAGGACAACACUGUGAGACAGUUGUGGAUGUCCCUACAGUUUUGUCAAAUCAGAUAAAACUGUCCUUUCAGAAUAAGGAUACAAAGUGCCCGGAUGACCCUAACCUUACAGACGAUCCAGAUACAGUGUGGACAAACAUGGAGGACUUGAAUAAUACGCAUGCGUACUUCACAGCAAAAAAUGCACUGCGAGGAAUGGUACCAACGCCUUAUCAAUUUAUAACGGAUUUCAAGUACGGUAUAAUUUCCGGGAAAAUCGUCAUGCGACUUGUCCGAGAACGUAUCGUAACGAUAUACCCUUGGGACCCUUGUGCCAACCUGUCUGCGAUAGCAAAUUUGACCAACGUGAUGGAGAACCAAACAUAUGCUGACAACACUACUGAUCUUUACGGAAAUUUAACAUCUACUGUCAACAUCACCUCCAAUGAAAUGAAUCCUCCAGCACUAUUUUGCGUAAAUGAUACGUAUCACAUGAUCUGUGAUUGCCAUGGAGAUCCGUCUGUAAAUUCUACCAACUUCCCUGACAGUUUACACACAAAAUGCAGCUGUCCUCUCUCUGAUGCAGAUGGUUUGACCUCUGACUUCGUGAACUGUUCCUGUACUGGUAACGAAACUACAAUGAAUAAUGUUUCAAAUUGUACAUGUGUGUUUGAUAUAUCAUACAACUUCCCAACGGAUCCCUACAAUGUAACAGUUGUCGACGUGUUCGAUAUAGACAAGAUAUGCACGUCUGCUACUCAGGACGACCCUAUUGCACUAAACUACCACUGCGAACACGAGCAGUCAUUGGAUGAGUGGCCACUUCCGUUUAAGCAUAAUGACACUGUAACUUUUGAACUAUCAACAACCAAUGGCGGCUACGUCCAAUAUGUCGACAGAGAAAUCAACGUCACCAAGAGAUACAACCUGGUCGGAAGAACUUUUGACAACAUCUAUACUAUACGUUUUGAUUUUGUUAUUCCGCGACAUUGUCAUCUUGACCCAAUGCCCUCUGACCUAUGCAAAGUUGAUGAUCUCGACACUCUCUCGGUUCCAGACAUUACGUCAAACAGCAACGCGUCAUUCUCCUGGUUUGGCUGGUAUGACGAACUGGGUGGUAUAGGUCAUUACCAUUAUGAGGUAUACGAUCUAGUGACCGACGGAACAAACCUGACAGAGAGCACCAUUGUCUACAGUAGUGACGUCAUGUCUGCGGAUACCUAUAGUGAUUAUUUCAUUUAUUCACAUCCGGGGAUGUUUUCAAUCAUCUUCACCGCAUUUGACAAGGGAGGUAACUACCGCAGUAUGAGACGACUUUCUCUGUUUGACGAUCAAUCUCGGGUAGAUGUCCUUCCGCUAGCCUACACCUAUGUAGCGACAGCGUCGGUGAAGACUAACAACACGUGGCUUACUGUAGACACUCGGACUAUCAAUAUCACGUGGGUCGGAAGAUUCGUUAACGCCCGACAUGACGCCUAUCACUGGCUACAUUCCGUGGAGCCUCACGUUGGAGUCGAGGAUGUCCUUGACGACCAUGAAGGUCAUCGGAAUAUCAAUUUUACUGCGAAUGUCAGAGGUGUCGUACGAUUUGCAGUUGCCACAGAACACGAGAUGUAUAACAAUGUGUACUUCAGUAAUUAUACAAACACAUCUGAUGUCCACCAGGAGGGGACGCAUGUCAACAUUUCUAUGGAAGAUGGAGAUAAAUUAAACAUCAUGGUCAGAGCUUAUGACGCCGUUGGUACACACUGGCAGGAUAGCAUUUACAUCAUAAAAGAUGUUUCUCCUCCGGUCAUUGAAAAUCUAUGGCUCACUCGAGGAAAUCGUCUGAACAUCAGCGUUCACUCAAUGGAGGAACUCACAGAAAUGAAUAUAGAAUGGCUGGCGUAUGAUUUCCAUAGCGGUCUACACUCGGUUCAGUGGAGGCUGUUUGAUAACUUUACUGGAGAAGACAUACAACAUGGAAUGGACUGGUUGAUCGCCCAGGGAAAUUCAGAGAAUCUUACGGAAUGCGAAGAUCAGUAUGAAUCCUACCCAAGGGGAGCUAACUGCUACUGUACGCGUUACUCUGGAUGCUACCAUCAACAUUUCAACGUAAAGCCUCAGCUGGUGGGUGAUCCCACAAAGGGAGGGGUCUACACGGGAAAGGACAGGGGGGUCCACAACCAUGACUACAUGUUCGAAGUGACAGCCACCAACAACGCUUUAGUGAAUACCACACACUCUUUCAAGAUAACCAUCGAUACAACGCCUCCCCAUGUUGGCUAUGUCAUGGAAGGUCAUAGAGGUCAGCCAGAAAUAGAUUUCCAACAGGACCAGAUGUUCCAUACAUACUGGGAUGGGUUCUUUGACAAGGAGAGCGGCGUUUUGCUGUAUCAGUAUGGAGUAGAUCACGCCUGCAUUUAUAAGGAUGAUUUUAAUGCAAACAGUCAAGGUGAAAAGGUAUGUGGAAAGAAAUAA